CAGCCACCGAAGACACGCGAGCACACGCGAGUCCCAGCGAGUCCCAGCGAGUCCGCUCGAGCUCGAGCUCGUGAAAGUACGCCCGCGGCCCGAUGCGUGGGUGGAUAGUGCGUUUUCAAAAAUGUAGAAAGAGUACUCGCGCGAGAGGAGAGUGACGACGGUGAUGACGAAGCGUGGUAUGCGAUAGACACCGGGUUUCCCAGGGCUUGCACGUGCUGAGCUGAGCUGAGAAAAGAGGAGAGCCGCCCGACCAGAUAGAAAUGGAGACGAGCGCCUUACUCUGGAUUAUAGCUUUGAGUGCGUGCGUCACGCACGCCUUUAAUCUCGAACCACGAAUACCUGUUGUCAAAAGGGGCCUGCAGGGCUCCUACUUUGGCUACUCCGUAGCCGAGCAUAUAGAGAUCGAGAACCACUCGUUAUCGAAAUCGACCAGUUGGAUGCUCAUCGGCGCACCCUUGGAUCAAAAUCGACAACCGGGUACAAACAGAUCGGGAGCGUUGUGGCAAUGCCCGCUGAGUACAUAUACAACGGAUUGUAUUCAAGUUAUUACCGAUGGACGGUUGAUGGACGAUGGUCUACUAUACAGAUCAUACGAAUCGUACGGUUCAAAUUUGGAAUCGGACGAUUUAAUACCUCCGGGGAAUGACGAAAUAAAAGAUAACCAAUGGUUAGGAGUUACUGUACGUAGUCAAGGAGUAGGAGGUAAAGUAAUGGUAUGCGCGCACCGCCAUAUCGUUAAAACAGCCGAUUCUCAGUGGGGUCAAGGCCAAUGUUACAUAUUAUCACAGGAUUUAAAGUACGACGAUUUGAAAAAGCCAUGCUCUGGAAAACCUACCAACAAAGCCCACGAGCAGUUUGGUUACUGUCAGGCCGGGACCAGCGGUUUAUUAACUGCUGAAGAUCGUGUAGUGAUUGGUACGCCAGGACCACAUACUUGGAGAGGGACUCUUUAUCUAUUCACUAUUUCCGAUGAAUUUUUAACCAGGGACAAUACAGUUUAUAACGCGCCAAUGCAAGAUUUCUCGCCUGUUAAUAAAUACAGCUAUCUAGGAAUGUCCGUGGCCGUUGGAAACUUCUUUGGCAAGGAUUUGGCUUAUGCGGCGGGUGCGCCCCGUUCUAAUGGCACGGGCCAAGUAGUGUUGUUCACUAGGCGUGAUUUCAAGCCGGACAUGGAUGUUGCUCUUGUUUUGGACGGCGAACAAUUCGCCUCGAGCUAUGGAUACGAAAUCGCAUCGGCAGAUGUAAACGGAGACAAAGUUACUGAUUUGAUCGUGGCAGCACCGUUUUAUUUCAAUAAAGCCGAGGGCGGAGCUGUCUAUGUUUAUACAGCGCUAGAUGUAUGCAGAACCACCAAAGAUAACGAGAGGUGUUUGCCUGUCAAGCUCGUUGGUCACGAGGAAUCAAGAUUCGGAUUCGCACUGACAAAUUUGGGUGAUUUGAACAAGGAUGGAUACGAAGAUAUCGCAAUUGGUGCUCCAUACGAGGGGAAAGGAACAGUUUAUAUUUAUCUAGGUUCCAAGAAUGGCAUUAAGAAAACACCGUCACAGAUCAUUCAUGCUGAAGAUAUGCCUACGCCACUGAAAACACUUGGUUACUCGUUAAGCGGCGGAACCGACAUGGACAACAAUGGUUAUACGGAUCUCUUGAUCGGAGCAUACGAGAAUGAUGCAGUUGUACUUCUCCGUUCCAAGAAAAUAAUCGACAUCACUACUUCUAUACGCCAUGCGAACAAGGAUGGAAUAUAUCAGGAUACGAUAGAGCCUAUCGAUCCCAACAGAAUUGGAUGUUUGGCCGAUCUAAAUUCAAAUUAUACAUGCUUCGCAUUUGAGGCCUGCUGCAAGACGGAAUCGCUAGGGAAAGAAGAUUAUAUGCAAAACCUAAGAUUAAACUACUACAUCGAAGCAGAGACCUACACUGGAACGAAAAAAUUCUCCAGAGUUUGGUUCGCCGUCAGUGGUAACGCACGUCCUCAUUACCUCAAUCGAACAGUCACCUUGGAUAGUACAAAGUUGAUGCACUGCCAAAAGGAAAUUGUCUAUCUAAAGGAGAAUACACGCGACAUUCAAACUCCCAUCAAAUUCCGUCUGAAUUAUUCGCUGAUACAAGAAGAGCCAGUCAUGCCUCUCGAAGGUGCUCCCUUGCCCGACAUGAAAAAUUAUCCAAUACUGAAUCAACAAGAAGCCGCACGUGUAUUCGAAGCUGUCUUUCAAAAGGAUUGUGGAAAUAACGACAUUUGCGAGAGUGAUUUGCAAGUGAUAGCUAAACUGAAUUUAUCAGCUUCCUCCAUAAAGCCGGACUUUUACGAGCUGUUUUUGGGCGAGAGAGAAGAGAUAGUUGUGGAAGCGAAUGUGGCAAACAUUGGCGAGUCUGCAUACGAGGCUCAACUGUUUAUCGUUCACUCACCGAAUUUAAACUACAUCGCCAGUAAAAGCAACGAUUCCGUCAUCUGUAAUUUGUACAACGCUACUAUAGUAUCGUGCUCUAUUGGCAAUCCGUUCAAAAAGGAUAAAGCGGUGGACAUACAAGUGAGAUUCGAUCCCAAGGGUCUCGAAGACAAUGAAUCGCAAUUGAGUUUUACAAUUUUCGCAAAUUCCACCUCGAAGGAAGUGAAAGAGAAGCAACCCAUUCUGCUGCAAGCUACAGUGUUAAAACGCGCCGAGCUCUCGAUUAAAGGAAGCGCGAAAACUCAGUGGGCGUUCUACGGUGGCCCCGUAGUUGGAGAAUCCGCGAUAAAACACUUGAAUGAAGUAGGACCGAAGGUGUCGCACAUUUACGAAGUAUUUAACGAAGGUCCAUGGAAAGUCAGCACUGUGGAGGUUCGCAUUUCAUGGCCUUACGAGGUCGCGAACGACAAAACGCACGGCAAGUGGCUGCUCUAUAUGGAAGAGAUGCCGACUAUACAAGCUCUAGGAGAUGGUGAAUGUAUAUUACCACCAGGACAUGUAGUUAAUCCAUUAAAACUACAAGAUAAUACCAACUUGGAUGAUAUCGAUAGCAUUAUACAAUCUUCAACUCCAUCGACAAUUUUGUACAACCAUACUAAUCACAUAAGAACAACGCGAGAUACAGAAAAAGUUGUAAAUACGCGAACAAUUGUCGACAAGGAUGGACAUCGGCAUCGUGUCGUUGCAAUGAAUUGUAAAGCUGGCACAGCAAAAUGUUUCGACAUUGUAUGCUAUAUAUACAACUUGCAGAGGAAACAGGAAGCCAUCAUAACUGUUAAAGCAAGACUUUGGAAUUCUACUUUAGUCGAAGAUUAUCCAAAAGUGGACAUGGUUAAAAUAGGUUCCAAUGCUAGGAUAGUUAUACCUUCGACAAUUGUGAUACAGCAAGAGAACUUGAAGGAUGAUUACGCAAUUGCCGAGACAAUUGCUUAUCCAGAUCUAUUGGAUCAGCAAGAAGCCGAGCCUGUACCAGUGUGGAUAUAUAUAGUGGCCGCAGUAGCCGGCAUGCUAUUAUUCAUUUUACUUACAUUGAUAUUGAGAAAACUUGGAUUCUUUAAGAGGCGGCGACCAGAUCCGACCCUAUCUGGAAAUCUUGAGAAGCACAGAGAUGAUAAUCCUGAAAAUGAAGCAUUGUUCAAACAUUAAACAAUCGAAAUUAAAACAUAAAAAUGUGAGAAUAUAAAAACACGUCAAAUAAAUUGACACGAUUACUUAAGAUUAAGUACUUAUGGCGAAGAAGAUGAAAAAGUAUACAAGUUUACAUACACAAUUUAGUUGACACGUUUUAUACUUUCUGAAUUUGGGAUGCAUAUUUUCUAUGCAUAAGCAGCUAAGUACGCGAAGAUUGAUAAAAUAGUUUGUGAUAUCGUUAUACUAAACAUUGCAUUUUAUGCGACAAAUUUUUCAAGAAGAAUAAUUCUUGGAUGGUAUCUCCGAAUGAAUGUGUGUGUGUGUGUGUAUGUAUACCAGGGUUGGGAAAGUUACUUAAUAAAAGUAUCUAGUUACAG